AUGUUUCGUGCUUGUCGCGGCGCGGUGACAGUUUUUAAACGGAAUUCGAUCGUUGCAUCGCGGCGUCAGCUGCGCCUCGGAUCCUCGCUGGUUGUGCAGGAACAGGUUGCGCCGCUGCACAAAGUCGGGAGUGUGCCAGUUGGGGAUAACAAUGGAAAUUUCAGUACCAAAAAUCGAUCCCGAAAUUCCGGAAUCAACACACGGGCCGAUCUGCAGAAAGCGCAACGGAUUGUCGUCAAAUUAGGGAGCGCUGUCAUCACUAGAGAUGAUGAAUGCGGGCUGGCCCUAGGCCGCCUGGCAAGCGUCGUGGAGCAGGUCUCCGAGUUGCAACAAAGCGGCCGCCAGAUGUUGAUCGUCUCGUCGGGCGCCGUGGCAUUUGGACGCCAAAAGUUGCGCCAAGAGCUGGUGAUGAGCAUGAGCAUGCGCCAAACGCUGAAGCGGGGUACGGCGGGCAUGGCAGCAGACAAGCGGGCCUGUGCCGCUUCCGGGAUGCCCGGUUUGAUGAGUCUCUACGAGCAGCUCUUUCAGCAAUACGGGAUCACUGUGGCUCAGGUACUACUCACCAAGCCUGAUAUCGAUGAUCCGCAAAGACGGAAGAAUUUGGUGGCGACGAUCGAAAGCCUACUGUCACUCAACAUCAUCCCCAUUGUCAAUGCAAACGACGCCGUGGCCCCCGAUCCAAAACUCGCACAGCACAUCUCGGACAACGAUCAGUUGGCGGCACGUCUGUCCGCGGAGAUCGAGGCCGAUCUUCUUCUGAUCCUUUCGAAUGUCAGCGGUGUCUUCACGGGUCCACCGGAUAUGGAAGGGUCAAGGUUGUUGCACACCUUCGUUCCCCAGGAAAGUGCGAACGUUGUCUUUGGCUCCAACAGCAAGUUUGGGACCGGGGGAAUGGAGAGCAAGGUCCAAUCGUGCAUCAAAGCGCUAGAGAAUGGCGUGACGACGGUGAUCACAAAUGGAUUGGCCCAGGACGCAAUCACCAACACCGUCAAAGGCAAGAAGAUUGGAACGAUGUUUGCGCGAACGCAUCGCUACGAAGGACCGCCCGUCGAGGAGCUCGCUAUGAAAUGUCGCGAUUCGGGGCGCAACCUAAAUGCUCUCACGAACCAGGAGCGAGCGCAAAUGGUUCGCCACCUCGCUGGUCUGCUUGUCGCCCGUGAAAAUGACAUUAUGGAGGCGAAUAGGCUGGACCUUCAGGCUGCUCAAUCAAGUGGUCUCGACCAGCAGCUUCUGAACCGCUUGAAGCUAACAAAGGCGAAGCUUAACGACCUUCACAGCGGGCUGCAUAUGAUUGCCGAGUCGGCGGAAACACUCAUUGGUCGCUCCUUGAGAAAGGUGAAAGUCUCCGACGGCCUCUACCUCGAGCAAGUCACGGUCCCGAUCGGCUCGUUGAUGGUCAUCUUUGAAAGCCGCCCCGACUGCUUACCUCAGGUUGCAUCCUUGGCAAUGGCGUCCGGAAAUUCCUUGCUGCUGAAGGGCGGUAAGGAAGCCGAUGAAUCAAACAAGAUGCUGCACUCGAUUGUUCAGGAAGCCCUCGGAACGCAUGGAUACGACAUGAGAGAUGCUGUGACGCUUGUCCGAAGUCGCGAGGACGUCGCAGAUCUUCUCCAACUGAAGGAUCUGAUCGACCUGGUAAUCCCGCGCGGUUCUGGCGAGCUCGUCCGCGCCAUGCAGGAGCAGAGCAAGGGUAUCCCUGUACUCGGUCAUGCUGAAGGUAUCUGCCACGUCUACAUUGAUAAGGACUGUGACGCUGAGAUGGCCCUACGCGUUGUACGCGAUUCAAAGUGCGACUACCCAUCGGCCUGCAAUGCCGCCGAGACCAUCCUCGUCCACAAGGACCUGAUGUCGACUAACUUUUUCGAUCAGCUGUGUGGCAUGUUUAAGAGCGAAGGAGUCAAGUUACACGCGGGCCCGAAGCUACAAUCCAUGCUGAAGUUCGGCCCACCAGCCGCUGAGAGUCUCUCGUUUGAAUACGGUGCCCUGGAGUGCACAAUCGAGAUUGUAGACAACGUCGAGGAGGCCGUCGCCCAUAUCAUCCGAUAUGGAUCGGGUCACACCGACUCAAUAAUCACGGAUAACCGCGAGACGGCCGAGCACUUCGUGCAACAUGUUGACAGCGCAUGCGCAUUCCACAACGCCUCGACCAGAUUUGCCGACGGCUACCGUUUCGGCCUCGGGGCCGAAGUUGGAAUCUCGACGGGAAAAAUUCAUGCACGAGGACCGGUUGGCGUUGAAGGUCUCCUGACGACAAAAUGGAUUUUGCGCGGCGAAGGCCAUGCGGUCGCCGACUUCUCGGCCGAUGGUCGUUUCCGCUACAUCCAUGAGGUUCUCAACCAUCAAGAGGUAUAUCGGGAACUCGACGCGCCAAAGAUUGCGAAGAGCGCC